GAAUCACCCACAAUGCGGUUUUGAUGCCAUUUACGUCUAUGAUGGCUCCAGCACUGGAAGCAGGCUCCUGGGGAAGGUGUGUGGCUCAAAUAACACCAUCUUCCACUCCACCGGGUCUUAUUUGACGGUGCACUUCAGGAGUGAUGGCAGUGUUAGAUACUCAGGAUUUCGUGCUUACUACAAAAUUGUGGCUGGAGGAUCCUGCAGAUACAGCUGUGGCUACCAAGUUGGAAGCUGCUCUUGUUCUUCAGGCUGUGAAUACAGAGGGAACUGUUGUGCUGACUAUCUAAAUUUCUGCUCAGCCACGUCUGCACCAGUCACAGCUCGGCCCUCGUGUCGUUACAACUGCGGUUCCAACAUGGGAAGCUGCUCCUGCUCAAGCUCUUGUCAAUACAAUGGCAACUGUUGUCAUGACUACAGCUAUUACUGUGGAGCUGAAGUCACGACCGAAGCUCAGUCCUCAUGUCGUUACAACUGCGGUUACAGCAUGGCAAGCUGCUCCUGCUCAAGCUCAUGUCAAUACUAUGGCAACUGUUGCUAUGACUACAACUACUACUGCCCAUCAACGAGCACUACAAGGUGGCCUACCACCACAGCUCAGCCUUCAUGUCGUUACAACUGCGGCUACAACAUGGGAAGCUGCUCCUGCUCAAGCUCAUGUCAAUACUAUGGCAACUGUUGCUAUGACUACAACUACUACUGCCCAUCAACUAGCACAACAAGGAGGCCUGCCACCACAGCUCGGCCCUCGUGUCGUUACAACUGCGGUUACAACAUGGGAAGCUGCUCCUGCUCAAGCUCUUGUGAAUACUAUGGCAACUGUUGCUAUGACUACCACUCUUACUGCUCCUGGACCACUGAAAGUGCCACCUCAGCAACACCCUGUGGAGGCUCUUUGUCUGGUUCUGGCACCUUCUCCAGCCCGAACCAUCCCAAUUACUACUACGACAACGCCUACUGUGUCUGGCAGCUCAGAGCUCCGUAUGACCAAAGAAUCUUCCUGGAUUUCACGUUCCUGCAAUUGGACAACUGCUGCAACUGUGACUACGUUUCAGUCUAUGAUGGGCCAUCUGUCGGUUCACGAUAUCUGGGCAAAGUGUGCAACAACAGUCUGAACACUUUCUACUCGACCUCCAACUACAUGACUGUGCUCUUCAGAACUGAUGGUUCUGUUGUUGGCCGAGGGUUCAAAGCUGAGUUCAUGAGCUCUUUGCCACCAAACUCAGGUCGAGUGGACUGUUCCUCAGACAACAUGAACAUUGUGAUUGAGAGGAGUUACCUGAACUCUCUUGGCUAUGACGGCCACAGUCUGUACCUGGACGACCCAUACUGCAGACCCCAGGUUUCCCGCUACCAGGUGGUCUUCAGUUUCCCCAUCAACACUUGUGGCACCGCUCGAAAGUUUGAGAAUGGCAGAGUUGUGUACACCAACGCUAUCCGUGCCUACACCUCCAACUCCGGAGAGAUCACACGCCAGACUCACCUUAAACUGAACGUGGGCUGCCGAAUGGAGCAGGACUCAGUGUCCCAGAUUAUGUACCUUGUGGAACAUCAUGAUAACAGUAGCAUUGUAGGCACAGGCAGAUUCAAUACCAGCAUGGCGUUCUACACAUCCAGCAGCUUCUACUACCAGGUGACUCAAGUUCCAUAUAAGGUGACACUCAACCAGGACAUGUACGUCCAAGUGGACCUGAGAAGGGGUGACAGCACCCUGGUCCUCUUUCUUGACACCUGUGUGACCUCACCAUCGCCCCAUGAUUUCCAAAGCAGACCUUACUACCUGGUCCGUAACGGAUGUCCUGUGGACAACACCUACUAUACCUACACCAGUGGCACCCGUGCCUACGCCCGUUUCAGAUUUAGGGCGUUCCAGUUCCUGCGAGCCACAGAGUCGGUUUAUAUCCAGUGCAAGGUCCUGAUAUGCCAGGCCUCCGACUACAAUUCCCGCUGCCGCCGUGGCUGCAACAGACGUAUGACCAGAGAUGUGGGGUCAAAACAUGACAGCCAAACUCUGGUCAUGGGUCCCAUCCAACUCAAAGAACUUGAGAAAAAGGAAGAAGGGACUGAGAAGCAGGACAUGAAGCAGGACAUAAAGCAGGACGUGGAACAGGACAAGAAGCAGGACAAGGAUUAACUUAUUGCAGAUAUUGCAGUGAGCUGCAUCAAUCUUUACAAAUCUAAAUCUCCUACCAUUCUUUUCACUGUGACUUUAUUAUACUCACCAUUUCUCUUUAUUGCAUUACCUGAUUAAAAGCAUCAUCAAAAGACAAUCUGUGUUUGUGAAUUUCAUUAUGUUAUACUCUGAAUGUUUAAUAUUAACACCCCAUAAAAUUAAUAUCACUUUUGUUGAAUACAGAGGUGGAGAAAAUGAAAACAAAAGACAAGAUGCAGCUCUGUUAGAAAACACUUUACUUAUAAAUUAGUUAGAUUAAUCCAUCUCACAAUAAAAUGAUUUGCCAUCCCAGAGGGAGAGUGAUCGCCAAAAGGCUUCAACAUUCACCAUUACCUAUGAACCUACGACACACUGAGAGAACAUAAGGCAGUCAUUACUGGAUGCCCCUAUUAUUGGUAAGCAUGGUGACAAAACGGUGGUCCUAAAAACGGUAACUAUGUUCUCCACACAUGUUGCUAAGCAACAGACAACAGUACUCAAGACAAAGAACAAUCUUGCUAAAGUAGCAGUCUUCCUGCAAAACGAUUUUGCUUUUUUGACACUGAACAUCUAUCCAACCACUCAGAAUACAAUACUCAGUAAAUAUUCAGAAAAGCACUGGGAUCCAUGUGAUGAAUGGGGGGAUUGUGGUGUGUUAUCACAAAGGCUAAAACUUGGCAUCCCCAGUGCUACGUGGCAAUUCUGAAAAAGUGUUCACAUGAGACACAAGACUUGGUGAUUCUGUCCUAAACACGGAGAUACUGGUUAUCAAAGUGACUUCAUACAAUAUCAAAAGAUCAGAAUGAUAUAGUUAAAAGGAUAUGCAAAACCCUUUUAAGAAAAUGAGAGGAGUUACCAUGAUGCUGGUCAAGGAAGGGCACUGUGUGGAGGAACUUCAAAAACAACACGACUUCAAUAAAAUCUAGUUUAACAUCUUAACUGGCUGACCAUACAAAGUGCGGCCAGGUUUUACUGUAAAUGCCACCCAUAUAGUACAGCUGGCAUUGAUUUCAAAGUUUCUUAGCAGCACUCAUGGAGCAGAAUUUUGGCAAACAAAAAAAAUCGUGGCUACCAUAGAAAACUACAAUGGCCCAACUUUUUUUUUUCUAAGGUUCUGGGCCUAUCCAUUACAGUAAGAAGAGAAUAACUGUAAUAAUAUUAAUCUUCAAAGUAACAGUCCUCUUUAUCUUGGACACACAAGAAAGUGACUAUGUCAGGCACUGCAAAUAAAUAGUAGUAAUGCACCAAGCACUGAAAUAAUUUCAACAAGGCUUAAGUAAGAUCACUCGAGGCCAACAGUUUGACUCCUGUGUGAGUAUCAUUACAGAAAUCUUUAUAGCUCCAGGAGUGUUGAGAAUUUAUUUGGGUGACUCAGUCAGAAUCGCCCUGCAACACACAUUUGUUUUGUCUUUACAGUUUGUAUUUUUCUAAAGGAACAUGCUGUUAAGAGUGACAGCCAAUUUGUUGACCCUCCCCACUUUACUCUCUUAACAGGCACAGGGGGGCCAUGGUCAUGCUUUUUUCUUCCAUGAGGUGAUGUUAUAUUUAGGGUUUUUUUUUUUUUUUUUUUUUUUUUUUUUUUUAAAGAGUCAAUGGAGACAUUA